AUGAACAAACCUUACGUCAAAAUUGUCAAACACGACUUAUUAAUACGAUCUAUAAUAAUGGAGUUUAAUUUAAAUAAUAAGAAGAGACAACGAAGCGAGAAUUGGAUUGCAGAGGAUAAAUGUUUAUUAAAAGAACUAGUCAGAGGAAAUCUACGGUACAUCGAAAACAAAAAUACUGAUAACAUAUCAAAUAGAAACAAACAGAAAUCAUGGGAAGAUCUACAAUUUAGAUUUAAUUCCGCCUGUAAAGGCAAGCCUAGAACGGUAGCACAACUGAAAGCGCAAUGGGCUUUCUUAAAAAUGUAUAAUAGAAAACACAAAACUAGUGAUAUGGAUACUUCAUCAAAAAAGAUCCCUAAUAAUCCAGAGAACGAUACCCCUCAAGAUGACGUCACUUUAUGCGUAUCAAAUAGAUAUAUUGAUAGCUCGGACUGUGACUCAAAUAGCAUUCCGAAUGACAAGCCGCCUCGCGAUACCAAAGUUUUUCCCGACCUGGCUACCGUCAUCGAAGUUCAACAUUUAGAAGAGCCUAAGAAGAUCGAACAAACUAAUGAUGAAACACUAACGUCAAACAAAACAAACAAAUGCAUAGAAGAAUUAAUGAUGUCCGAGAUAUUAUGUAGGAAAGUAUUACUUGAACUCCAAAUGGAAAACGAGAGGAAGAAGUCAAGGAAUUUAGAUUUGAAACAUAAAAUACUUGAAAAUAAAUUAUUGAACGCAGCAAAUUAUAGACAUGAAUUUUAA